GGCACGAGCGCGUAAAAAAAACAGAGUUAAGCACCAAACAAAUAAAUAGCAACGUUGUCAAAAAUGGAAGGAUAGCAUUCAAAAGAAUAUGAACUUUAUUUUCGAAGCAAAUAAUUAAAAAAAGUUAUCUGCCAUCAAUGUUAAACAAUUUAAGCAACAACGACGACUUCGCUAUCGCUUGUAGCUACAUUGAUAUAAUUAUACACGUAGCAUUUUCGGAAAAAACCGAGGGAAAAAUAGUGUAAAAACUAAAAAACAAGAAAAAAAUCUCCCGAAAAUGAUGUCCUUCCGGAAUGUUUUUGGUUGUUUAAUUAUGUUGCUUUCGUCGAUUGCCGUUCACAGUAGGCGCUAUAGAAGGAUAGAUCCUUUUUGUAUUGGUAGAGAACUCACUCUUCUCCCUAAGGAACUAUUCUGGAGAUGUGGCGCCACCGUAUCGAUAAAUGACGUACAUAUACCGCCUACAGUACAAUAUGGUUUUUCUCAAAGCCUGAGAAAUAGAAGGUACAUCUUGAUUGUGAUAGAUCCAGACAUGCAUUUCAUAGAGAAAUAUUCUUCAUAUUCCCAUAGGACUGAUCAUCUGCAUUGGAUGAAAUUAAAUUUUUCUGCACAGAGACUAGCAGAGGGUGUAACAUCGGAAAGUAGCGACUUACACCCUUAUAGCGCGCCUGGCCCGAGUUUAGCCAAUCGUCGAAUACAGUUCCUGCUAUACGAACAGAGAUCGGACAACGUUGUUUUGCCAUAUCCAACUGGAAGAGGAAAACGUUUUAUAGAUGUGGCUAGCUUUGAAUGGAGGAACAACUAUCGAGAAAAAUUUAUGUCUUUCCAAUACGUUCUUACUAUCAAAAAACGUUGCAAAUCUACCGCUACUAAAAACAGUCUUUCUUAUAUGAAGAGUUGGCUGAAUAAUUAUCUGCUCAAGAUGGUCAUACUGUACUUUGGGAAGAUGCUUAUAUGAUUACUGUUUAUACAAUAAUAAUAAUAAUAAUAAUAAUAAUAAUAAUAAUAAUAAUAAUAAUAAUAGUAAUAGUAAUAACAGUAAUGGUUUCGAAUUUUAGCACAAAGCCUGUAAUUUCGGGAGAAUGGGUUAGUCGAAUGUGCAUUUGGUACAACACUAAAACUGUUACCUAAGAAACAGAAGGAUAUUGGAACUGAGACAUUUAUUGUCGACCUGCAGGGAAGUGCCACCCUGUAGUCUGUAAGAAUCCUAAGAAAGAUUCUUGAGAUUUGAGGAGACGUGUUGUCACCAAACCUCAAGAUAGCUUCCCUGCUAAUUAAAUUACUAUGUAAUAUCUUUCGAGUAAUAAUAUUUAGAGUAGUAGUAGUAGUAAUAACAAUGAUGAUGAUGAUGAUGAUGAUGAUGAUAAUAAUAAUAAUAAUAGCUUACAUGCAAAAGAAAUAAAAAAAAAACUCACAAGAAAUAGAAAUAAAUAUAGUUUUAGUAUUUUAGUUUUUAUUGUUGUUUUUUGUUCAUUCAAUGCAGAUAUGAUAGCAUUAAGCAUGAGCAAUGUGUUGUUCUGUUUUACGAUCGCACUUUCUUAUGUUGAAAGCACUCAAUGAAAUAUACGAGUAGUGCCUUGUUGUGCUAGCUUCUCUGUAUAUUAUGUGUUUUUGAGUAAACCCUGUGGUUUUCGAUAUAUAUUUGCAUAAUUUGUUUCGUUAUGCACAUGAUAUAAGAAUUAUUUCUGUUUCCAAUACCCACAUGUCAGUUAUCUCUAUUUCCAGAUCCUUUUAUUUGAAUAACUUACCAAUUCAUUUUAGUGAGAUAUUAUCAUCUGUUGGGAGUGAAAUUUCGAUCCAUUGAAGCUUAUAUUC